AAAGGCAGCUGAAUCACCAGCCCCAACAACCACCUUAAACAAAUAUAAAAAGAUGAGAUUUUUAGAUGGCAUAGCAUCACAAAGGCUUCAAUAUUUUACUUUGACUAUUUUUUUGCAUCAUCCCAGAUCUAUUCCACAAAAAUUUCCCAGAAAAAUUAUCAUGAGUACUGAAGUAGUAAAGGUGGAUGAAAUCCCUUUUCCUUCUCAAAUCACAAAGACUAAGCCAUUAAAUCUUCUUGGUCAUGGAAUCACAGACAUUGAGAUACACUUUUUGCAAAUUAAGUUCACAGCAAUUGGAGUUUACUUUGAUUCUGAGAUUGUGAGUCACUUGCAACAAUGGAAGGGAAAAGCUGGAAGUUCUCUAGCAGAAGAUGAUGACUUCUUUGAGGCUGUUGUUUCUGCUCCUGUGGAGAAAUUUUUGAGAGUUGUAGUGAUCAAGGAGAUUAAAGGGUCACAAUAUGGAGUGCAACUAGAGAGUUCUGUGAGGGACAGACUGGCAGCUGAUGACAAAUAUGAAGAUGAGGAAGAAGCAGCCUUAGAGAAAGUUGUUGAGUUCUUCCAAUCUAAAUAUUUCAAGAAGGAUUCCAUCGUCACAUUCCAUUUCCCGGCAACUUCUCCCACAGCUGAGAUUGCCUUUGAAAGUGAAGGCAAAGAGUCUAAAAUUACAGUGGAGAAUGCAAAUGUGGUUGAGAUGAUCAAGAAAUGGUACUUGGGAGGAACAAGGGGAGUGUCUGCUACAACCAUAUCAUGUCUGGCUAAUAAUCUCUCAGCUGAGCUAUCAAAAUGAAGAAGCUAAUGCUUUCUGAUAAUAAUAAGAGCUUCACUGCUGAUUCUGGUUUUGUGGGAGCAAUGGAAAUUGGUGGUUGAAUGAGAAUGCUUGUUAAUUGUUAUCUUCUUUUACCAAUAAAAUUUCACUGCAAGUAAGGUUAUUGACUUAAGAUUUGUAACAACUGUUUCUGCAUCUGCUUAUUUUGAUUGAAAUGUUCAAAAUUUAGAGUCUUAUGAUUUUUAUUAUAAUGAAAAUGUUUAUUGACCAUAA